UCAAAAUGUAAACUUCCGGUCACUCUUUGCUCUGUCUCACUUACACAAGGCGGUGACUUUUAAUCUGAGACUGACAGAACUCGCGGUGACCUAGCGUCCUGGACUUGAUGUAGUAGUUGUCCGUUAUAACCAGCUAGUCAUUACUGACAUGUCUCCCUCGUGACAACAGAUAGAUGGACUUUCCCUGGCUACUAACAUAAAGUAACAAUGAUUGUGGACUGAAAUAUUGCAACAGCAACAAAGAUGGAUGUCCUUGACACCCAAGACUACAGCCAGUUCGACAGCAUCAGCACCGACAGCAGCCCGCAGCAUCCAUCAGGGCACCGGAUGGAGAGGGGGUCUAUCCUGGAACCGCCCGUUGAUGACCAAGUCUAUUAUGUUUCAGAUGAUACAUAUGGAAUAUUUGCCAGUGGCCGUGACUAUGAGCCUGUGUACGUCACUCACAAGUACACAGAAAAGGAGAAGGAAACUCUAGCUUCCUUCGAGAGCUUGGAUUAUCUCCCCUCACACAGCUUCGUGUACAAACACUGGAUCAAGAGACAGCUCAUUACCAGGUUGGAGCUGGACCGAUGGCUGAUGAUGGGGAUGAUCGGCUUCGGAGUCGGCCUCAUUGGCUUCCUGCUUCAUCAGCUGAUUGAGGAGGUGGCCAAGUUCAAGUGGGAUACCAUACAGGGUUUCCUGGAUGACGAUAAGAUCGUUAUUGCCUGGUUGUUCGGUGUGGGCUACAGUAUCCUGUUCAUUGUCUUCAGCGCUGCAGUUGUUGUGUUCUGGAGACCAAGUGCAGGUGGCUCUGGCAUCCCUGAAGUGACCGGCUUUCUGAAUGGCACCAAUAUCCGCCAUAUCUUCAACCUCCAGACAAUGAUCGUCAAGUUCCUGUCAUGUGUGGCAGCCAUUGGUUGUGGGAUGCCAGUCGGCCCCGAGGGCCCAAUGAUCCAUUUAGGAGCCCUUGUUGGAGCAGGGAUGAGUCAGGCCAGGUCAGAGACACUCAGGAUCAAACUGCCAUUUUUCCAGCGGUUCCGGAACUCGGAGGACAGGAGAAACUUUAUCUCUGCCGGGGCGGCCGCAGGGGUGUCGUCAGCAUUUGGAGCGCCAGUAGGCGGGCUGCUGUUCGCGAUGGAGGAGGUGUCGUCGUUCUGGACCACGGCCCUGUCCUGGCAGAUCUUCUUCUGUUGUAUGAUCUCCACCUUCACCACCGAUCUCUUCAACUCCGCCUUCGAGGGAUUCAGCUACACCGGGGGUUUUGGCGAGUUCAAGCUGGAGAGAUAUAUUCUGUUCAACAUCAGUAAAGGUGUUAAUGUCAACAUCCUGAUGUUCAUCCCCACCGUCGUGGUGGGCGUCAUCGGUGGCCUCACCGGCGCCCUCUUCACCAUCAUCAACCUCAAGAUCACUCGCAGUAGAAAGAGACUCCUGUCCCGGAUUGCCAAAAGUUGGGGGCAGAAAACUUUCAGGCUUGUGGAGCCUGCAGUAAUAAUGGUGAUUGUGACUACCGUGGUGCUGUUCCUGCCAUCAGCCUUCUCCUGCUCGUCCUACAGAUGUAUAGAGGGGGCUACUGGCCCAGUUGUUUCAGACUGUUUAAAUGACACCCGCAAUGCGCUGCACAUCGAGUCAGCUGUAAAAACCUACACGUGUGUCCAGGGAGAGAAAUGGCAGGUCAACGAGACCACCUGGCACACCAAUGGGACUUACAAUGAAUUGGCCUCCUUGUUGUUUGGUACUCUGGAGACAGCCGUGAAGCAUCUGUUUUCUCGCGGGACCCACGUCCAGUUCGGCUACGCCACGCUGUUCACAGCCUUCCCCUACUUCUUCCUGGCCGUGUGCUGGUCCUCCGGCACCUCCGUGUCCUGUGGCAUGCUGGUCCCCAUGUUGUUGAUUGGAUCCUUAUAUGGUCGUAUUAUUGGUAUCGCCAUGGUUUCCAUGUUUGGAGUCCACUCUGAGACUACGGGCUACUGGGCGUGGAUGGAUCCAGGGGUCUUUGCUCUCAUCGGAGCCGCCUCCUUCUUUGGGGGCGUGUCCAGACUUACCCUGGCAGUCACUGUCAUCAUGAUGGAGCUGACUAACGAUGUGCAGGUUCUACUCCCGGUGAUGGUGGCGGUGAUGGUGUCCAAGUGGGUGGGAGAUUUCUUCACUCAUCCCAUCUUCCACGCCCACCUUGAGCUGAAGUGUAUUCCCUUCCUGGACACAGAGCCGCGGGUCAUGAACGAGGGGAAACUCCUUCAGUUGGAUCUGUUCUGCGCCCGAGAUAUCAUGUCGUCUCCUGUGGUGUCAGUCCACCAAGUGGAGUCUGUAGCUUCAUUAGCUGACAUGUUGCUAAGCAACUGUCAUGGUGGCUUCCCAGUGGUUAAAAGGGACAGGAACAAUGAAGAAGUUUUCUUCGGUUUAAUUACAAGGAAUGAACUGAUGGUGUUGCUGAUGCAUGAGGAGUUGUUUCAGUCGGACGACCACGUCGACUUCCACGAGGGUAACGACAUCACUUGGGUUGAUUACGAGAAGCUCCUGUUGGAGAAGAUGCCCAAACCAGAAGAUGCAGUAGACACAUUCAAGAGAUACCACGAGGACUCGAAAUACAGGGAUAUGUUUCUCAACUUGAACCCUUACAUCAACCAGUCAGCGCUCUCUGUGCAAGAGAAGUUCUCUCUUCAUCGGACGUACAUCGUGUUGAGGACACUCGGCAUGCGCCACCUGGUGGUGACAGAUGCAAUGAACAGGGUGGUCGGCUUCAUCACACGGAAGGACUUGAUGGGUUUCAGUAUUGAGGAGAAACUGAACUUAGUAAUGGAGAAACAGAUCGAGAUGCAGGAGCGUCUUCUACACGACCAGGAACUGCAUGGCUCCGAAUCGAUAUCAUAACAACCUGUCGUCAUUAGGAAAUGAGCAAUACAAGUGCUGUAUAACCAAUCAAAAGAGGAAAUAGUCUUUCUGAUUGAAUUUAAUCCAUCAAUUCCAAUGGAAUGGAAAAUAAAGACUGUUCAUUUUUGACAUAUAGUACUCAAAAGAAGUUAAGGAACACACAAUUCUCUCAUAUUACUGUAAAUCUUAAAAUUAAUGUGAGAGUGAAGUUAAUAUGAAAAAUACAAAAGGUCCUUUUCUCUCUACAAUUCCAAUGGGGUUGUGGGAGGUCGCAUGACAGAUUAACUUUAAUAAUAUGAAAGUAACUUCUUUGGAGUAGUAUAUAUAAAUAUAUAUAUAUCUUGAUGAGGUCAGGGUCAGAGGGACCUUGACAUUUGUAGUAAUAUGUUGAUAAACACUUAUGAUCAGAGUGACCUUGACCAAUAAUUUCUUGGUAAUAUUUGGGUUGAAUGACCUUGACUUUUGGUCAAGGUAAUGAUCAAAGUGACCUUGACCUUUAUGACAGCAGUCAGUGAGGUUAAAGUGACCUCAAUCUUUGUGUUGGUUUUUGGAUACACAAUGUGGAAUGAGUGAGAAAGGCAGUCUCUGAACAAAAGAAUGAUUGUAAAUGUUUUUAUACCUCACCAUGGUUAUUCCUAUAAGACAGUGGCAGUCCAUGUUGUUUGUGUUUGGUAGAAAUCUGCCAUCCAAUAGUUUGUUCUGAUUCUUUUUUUUUUCAGUGGUGGGGCAGCCUUGUGGUUAAAGCCUUCGCUCAUAACGCCAAAGACCCGGGUUCGAUUCCCCACAUGGGUACAAUGUGUGAAGCCCAUUUCUUGUGUCCCCCACCGGGAUAUUGCUGGAAUAUUGCUAAAAGUGGCGUAAAACUAUACUCACUCACUCAUUCACUUUUUCAGCCAACAUGUACAUACAUGAUAAGCAGCAUUAUCCACUGAAAAAUCAUCGACAAAUAUUGUGUGAAAGUGAUGAUCUUUUGAAGAGAAUAUCACGUUAAUGUUCCAUUUAUUAUUGGUCGGGAAACAAUGGUCAAAUUGUUCUCUGUCUGUAUCUGAAACAUCAUUGCACCAUUCAAUACUGACAUCAUUCCAUAUUCCGACCAGUAUAUGCCUGCUUCGUCUCUCUUUCAGACCCCAGGGCAUAUAUUUAAUAAAACAACACCCCCUUUCCUCACCCCAAUUCUCAGCUCUAGCAGCCUUUAUUCAUCCAUUUUUGUUAUAGUUCCUGAAUACUCAAGAAUUCCUUGUUGAUUUAGCUCAUUUUUACCUUAUACUUAGUUUUAUUAUGUGGUGUAAUCCCUGUCUAAAUGUCACGUUCUCUCUAUGUACAGCUGGGCAGGGGUGACUGAGUGGUGCUGACCGUCAUGUGUAGAGUUAUGGCCCUUAGUUCACAGGAUCUGCUAAUUGUAGGCUCUGAUCCAAAAUUUACCCUGAUCCUUAGUCUGGCAGGUCAAUACCACACUUACCAGCCAUUUGGGUUUGGGCAGGGUAUGAUAAGAUGCAUUAUGAUAAAGUGAAAUAUUUUACGAAUAUUGUCAAUGAACAUUGCCAGUAAUUUUUACUUAUUAUUGAUUUCACAAUCUGUCAUGGUGGGUGUGGCUCCUGUAGAGAUCAUGUUGGUUGAAAGAAGCAAUAUGUUGAUAUGACUAUGUGUAAGCCAGUAACAUCAUUCCUUUGUCACAUAGUUUCAGCUGGACAAGUUAAUAGAUCGUUAGAGUUCAGGCGAUUCAAUAUAAAAGAUGAUUAAUUUUGUACAAGAAAACAGCUUAUCAUGCUGAUGAAUUCUAAGAAAAUUUAAAUUACUUAUUUUAGGCCCCAGAUAUAAGAUAUUCCUAUUGGCCAGAAAUUGGUGAUGUUUCUGCAGUACCGGUGCUCAUGGAUGGCCCGAGAGAUAAAUGGGUCACUACCUGUGUCCUUGGUGCUGUCCUCCUUGAUAACCAAAUAAGGAUAUCAUAAAAUUCAUGGACCAAACAAAUAUUUUGAAUUAAUCGAACAUCAUUAAUGAUAGACUUUCUGAUUUGGUGAUAAAUGCAGAUGGUCCAUUUUCACGAACGCUAUAUACCUCUCUGGCUGAAGGUGUCCGAAACCGGAUGUUGAUAAUGCCAGAAUGUUUGAUGUCUCUGAUGAAGGUGUCAGAGACCGGAUGGUGAUCAUGCCAGAAUGUUUGAUGUCUCUGAUGAAGGUGUCAGAAAGUGGAUGUUGAUCAUGCCAGAAUGUUUGAUGUCUCUGAUGAAGGUGUCAGAGACCGGAUGGUGAUCAUGCCAGAAUGUUUGAUGUCUCUGAUGAAGGUGUCAGAAACUGGAUGGUGAUCAUGCCAGAAUGUUUGAUGUCUCUGAUGAAGGUGUCAGAGACCGGAUGGUGAUCAUGCCAGAAUGUUUGAUGUCUCUGAUGAAGGUGUCAGAAACCGGAUGUUGAUCAUGCCAGAAUGUUUGAUGUCUCUGAUGAAGGUGUCAGAGACCGGAUGUUGAUCAUGCCAGAAUGUUUGAUGUCUCUGAUGAUGGUGUCAGAGACCGGAUGGUGAUCAUGCCAGAAUGUUUGAUGUCUCUGAUGAAGGUGUCAGAAAUCGGAUGUUGAUCAUGCCAGAAUGUUUGAUGUCUCUGAUGAAGGUGUCAGAGACCGGAUGGUGAUCAUGCCAGAAUGUUUGAUGUCUCUGAUGAAGGUGUCAGAAACUGGAUGUUGAUCAUGCCAGAAUGUUUGAUGUCUCUGAUUAAGGUGUCAGAAACCGGAUGUUGAUCAUGCCAGAAUGUUUGAUGUCUCUGAUGAAGGUGUCAGAAACCGGAUGUUGAUCAUGCCAGAAUGUUUGAUGUCUCUGAUGAAGGUGUCAGAGACCGGAUGUUGAUCAUGCCAGAAUGUUUGAUGUCUCUGAUGAAGGUGUCAGAAACCGGAUGUUGAUCAUGCCAGAAUGUUUGAUGUCUCUGAUGAAGGUGUCAGAAACCAGAUGUUGAUCAUGCCAGAAUGUUUGAUGUCUCUGAUGAAGGUGUCAUGGGACACAGUUGUUAUGUUGAUAUGUUUUGUGCAAUAUGAAUGGCAUUCUCAUAUUCUUGUUC